GCCGCUAAAAAACAAACCCCACUGCCGAGAGUCUACCUUGGUCUCGUGCAAGGGGCUACUUUGCACUCUCUUAUUCUUCCCGCCAUUUUUUCAUCUUCCAUCCAACGCUCGCUGCAGAGACAGGAGCCCUAUCCGCCAUGGAUACAGAGAUCAAAGCUGAGUUCGAGAAGGCCGGUUUUUCUCUCGUCGAGGAGGACGAGAUCCUUCAGAAAUGUCUCACUUACUGUAUUAAUUACAAACUUAGUCCGGCAGACCUUGUUGCGAACUGGGAUAUAUAUUUUCUCAACAGGCAAUUAAAUGGUUUAAGAAUAGAGGCCUCUCACUUGGAUGGUUUUUUGACACAUCUUCAAAAUGACCAGAAGGAGAGGCUUAUCAAGGAGGAACCAAAUAUACAUAUCUACUCGAGCAAUGAUAUUGAUAUGCUGCAUGGUGAAGAACAAGAUGACAUCAAGGAAGGUUUGCUUAUUUCACCAAAUCAUUUAAAUGAGGAUCCAUAUUUGGAGUCAAAUGUAGGUUCAACACCUGCUACAAGCGAAAAACCUUCAUCUACAACGAGAUCAAAGUUAAAUAGCCGCAUAACUCCUUUCGGGCAAAGGAUGAACAAGUUUGUAUCACAAUUUACUUUCAAUGGUCAAAUAGUUCGACAUUCAUCAAGCAGUCGAGCGCCUGAAAACAUGUUUGAAAACAUGGAUGAUGAUGUAAUUAGAAGAGUUCAGCCUAAUGAAAGGUGCUCCUUACAUAUUCACUGUUCACUUCCAGAGCGAGGUUGUCGGUUCAUGUAUGAUCGAAUAGAAGAUCGGUUUAAUUCUCUUGAAGAUCGCAUCAGAAGGCAUAGUCAUGCUUUUACCGCAUCUGGACUUUAUGGAGAGCCAGAUGAUGCUACAUUGGCUUCACAGAAAAAUAUAUUUGCAGUCGGUAUGAUUUGUUGUGACGGAGAAGGUCGGUUGAAUGAUAAGUCAAUAAUGCUACAAUGCAGUGUUGAGCAUUCAGGAGGCCAGAGUGUUCGCAUUGACCUUCAAAGGUUGGAUCAGUUUUCAUUUUUUCCCGGCCAGGUGAUCGGAAUUGAGGGCCAUAAUCCAAGUGGACACUGCUUGAUGGCAUCUAAGGUUAUCGAAAAUUUGCCGUUAGCUCCUGAUGUUGGUUUGCCUCCUGCAAAGAAGCAAGCAAUGGACCAUGAACAAAAUGUCUCUAGCAUUACAUCAAGAGUUCUAUCUGUGGUCAUCGCAGCUGGUCCCUUCACAACAACGGAUAACAUGCUGUUUGAGCCAUUCAAAGAAUUGCUAGCAUAUGCUACCCGAAGACAACCACAGUUGCUAAUUUUAAUGGGACCAUUUCUCGAUUCUGAGCAUCCGGAGAUAAAGAAGGGAACAGUGGAUAGGCUUUUUGAUGAAAUUUUCAGUGAUGAAAUCCUCAGAAGGUUGCAAGAUUACAUUCAGUAUAUGGGUUCUGCUUCUCGUAUUGUUCUCGUGCCAUCCAUACGUGAUGCGAACCAUGAUUUUGUUUUUCCACAGCCUGCUUUUGAUAUUGAAAUUCCGGAUGAUGCAAAACAGCAGAUAUCUUUCCUUGCAAAUCCGUGCAGUUUCAGCACAAAUGAGAUCUUGUUUGAUUGCUGCACUGUAGAUAUCUUAAAACAACUUAGCAGCGAGGAGUUAUCACGAAACUCAUUUGAUGCUUCAGUAGAUCGCAUCGGACGACUCGCAAAGCAUUUACUGAACCAACACAGCUUCUACCCUCUAUAUCCCCCUUCAGAAAGUGUACCCUUGGAUUUAUCACUUGCACCAGAAGCCUUGGACAUCCCCUCCACGCCUGAUGUCCUACUGCUUCCCUCUGAUCUCGCUCCGUUCGUUAAGGCAUUAAGCUAUGAAAGCAGUGGUGAGGAAGGCGUUAGCUGUAUGUGUGUGAACCCAGGAAGGCUUGCUAAGGGUAUUGGAGGAGGUACUUUCGUAGAGCUCAACUAUAAUAAAGAUUCAAAGAACUCGUAUGCGUCCAUAAUACGUAUUUAAUCUUUUUUUUUAAUGUAAAUGGUUGCAUCUUCUUGGAUAGAUGGAGUUUGUUUUAAAUUUUUUUUUUUUUUCUUUUUACGUUAAC